AUGUCUAAAUUUGUGGGAAAAGUAGUUAUUAUCACCGGUUCGAGCAGUGGUAUCGGCACUGGUAUUGCUCUUAAAUUUUCCAAUGCCGGAGCACAUGUAGUAGUGCACGGCUUAGAAAAAGACAAAGUGGCCGAUGUUGCCAAUCAAUGCCAACUGUGCUCUCCUACUGGCCUCAGACCACUUGAAGUGGUCUGCGAUAUAGCACAACCCGAUCAAUGCCAACGAAUAAUAGAUAUGACUAUAGAAGCGUUUGGACGGUUAGAUAUAUUGAUCAAUAAUGCCGGCAUUGGUAUGCUAUCGACAAUUGAAGACAAAGAUAUUUUGGAUAAAUAUGACAAAGUUAUGGACAUAAAUCUUAAAGCAAUUAUUUAUUUAUCUCAUCUAAGUGUUGAACAUUUGAUCAAAACUAGAGGCAAUAUAAUCAAUAUAUCGAGUGUCGCCAGUCGUAAGAUUUGUGCGGUAGAUAUGCUAACUAAAUGUUUGUCACUGGAGUUGGCCUCCAAACAGAUACGGGUUAACUCAGUCAAUCCGGCAUCUGUUAAGACAAACAUCGCUAUAGCUAUGGGUUUACCGAAAGAAUAUAUUGAUCGGGCCUUUGAUGAAGGCGGCCGUAAACUACCGCUUCAACGGUGCGGUACACCCGAGGACACGGCUAAUGCAGUUUUAUUUUUGGCUUCUGACCACUUGUGCUCCUUUAUUACCGGUUGUAAUAUGUUUGUUGACGGCGGCGAUCAAUUGGGAUCAGUUAAUUAG